UCACAAAUUAGCCCAAAACUCUAAAACCCAAAGAGAAACAUUUCCCGCCCCUUUUUCCCACUCCCAUUACCAUUGCCGCCAACUUCUCUCUCUGAGUUACUGAAGCCAUGAAUUCAAGAGAUGCAACUUUGAUUUCUUCCGCUACCAUUUUCGGUGUUGUCGCAUCCGCCAUUGUUUUUCGCUUCUUCUUCAAUAAACCUGAGCAGAAAUUUCAGUCUUCGUCCAAAUUUCCUAAAUCAAAUGGAGUUCUUCAACGCACAAUUUCCGCUACUCGUUCUCCUUUCGAUCCUUCCAAACGCCAAGGGUACUUAUCUUGGGAUGACUAUUUCAUGGCGAUAGCUUUUCUCUCUGCUCAACGCUCCAAAGAUCCUAAUCGCCAGGUUGGUGCUUGCUUGGUUAGCCAAAACGGUGUAAUACUUGGCAUUGGCUAUAAUGGAUUUCCUCGAGGUUGUUCAGAUGACAAGCUUCCAUGGGCAAAGAAGUCGAAAAGUGAAGAUCCUUUGGAAACGAAGUAUCCUUAUGUUUGUCACGCUGAAGUGAAUGCAAUUCUCAACAGAAACCAUGCAUCUGCUGCUGGACAGAAACUCUAUGUUACAAUGUUCCCUUGCAAUGAAUGUGCUAAAUUGAUUAUUCAGUCAGGUGUUUCUGAAGUUAUUUACUUUGUGGAGAAGAGGCUACCAAAUUCUGACAAAUGUUACGUCGCUUCUCACAAGCUCUUAUCAAUGGCUAAUGUGAAGGUUAGGAAACAUCAACCACAAAUGGAUCAGAUCAGCAUCAAAUUUGAAGAGCCCUAAAGAAUUGCUUGAAGUUCUUGCUGCACUUGUAGCUUGUUGGUUCGCACCUCUAAAGUUGUAUUAAUGCUACAAAUUGAGCUUUGAAGCUCGCACUUGCAGCUUGUUGGUUUGCACCUCUGAAGUUAUAUACUUGGAUCAAUUGUUAAUGCUACAACUUGUGCUUGGAAGCUCGCUGGUGCCUACACAGCUACAAUCACCAAAAUGAAUUGCUAACUAGACUCUACCUUAUAAGGAGGGGUUUUUUUCAUACUAGAA